AUGUCAUAAAUAAAAUUUCUAACUUAUUACUUAAAAAAGCGGAAAGAGUUUCAACGAAACGGAACGGCGAUGCAAUUCUAAGUCGGAUGUCUUCAUUACGAAAGUCUUUCCGAAUUUCGAAAUCUAAAAAAAAAAAACAUCCAAAAAAGAAUUAGUUUGGAAUAAAACGGUUUUUUCGAUUCGAUUUUCUAAUAUUGUUUUGUAAAAAAAAUUAAUUGGUUUCUGGUUUAAAACAAAAGUGAGAGUCUCCGCAUCUUCCCAUUGAUGGUGUUGGGCUGUGCGAAAGAUCCGCCGUUUGUAUUCAAAUUGGUCAUCGAGAGUGCCGUCUGCUGCAGGUGCUCGGUUCUUCGUUUUCACUCGUUUAUCGUCACCGCGAACGGGAGGCUUGGCCACUAGAAAGCGAUCAACUUGAAAAUGAACCUUUGAGUCGCUCAAUCACUAUCCGACAAGAAAGUUUACUGCUUCCGACAUUCAAACCCACACAGUUUUUGGAAAAUAAACAGAUUAUGGGUAACGUAAACAGCCAAGUAAUAACAAUGCAAAAGUACCCCCAAGAACCCCCCAGAACUAAAGUGCUACCAAUAAGAUCAACAAAUUCGACAUUAAGACAAACCGAAAAUGGGGACAUCCUCCAAGCCGGGGGGACUUUGUCGAGGGCGCGGAUUUCCCGGGAAAAAUUUUACGGUUCCGAACCCGAUUUAAGGAAAAACCCCCAAUUCGAAAAGAAAACACUUGCUUACACACGCCCAAAAAAAUACAAAGCACCACCAAGACCCGUCGAUCAAGAUUUUAGAACCAAAAGAUUAUACAAAACAAGAAUUGAAAGCAAAAACACAAAAAACACCGCCGAAAAUCUCCAAACACAAAAUGUAAUUAUUAAUAACAACAAUUUCAAAGAAAAUAAUUUCGCCGACGAAAAAAAACGAUUUUAUUUCGGAAUGGAUAAACCUCAAUUGAACCCAAAUUCGUCAGAUUCAGAUUACGAAAUUGACCAAGAAAAAAUUCUUUUAAGAUUGCGACCACAUCUUCCAAAAAAGCGGUUAGAAACCCCAAGAUUUUCACCUGGCUCGGCGUGGAAAUUAUUGCGAGUUGAUUCGUUAUCGUCUCAAAAUCAAAGCGAUCAAGAAACAUCCCGCGAUGAUAUUUCCGAGCAAGAACUUUUAGAAGCUAAAAUAAUCGAAACGGCGGUUUUGCGUUCAGAAAUUUAUCUCCAAGAUAAAUCGGGUGAUUCGGGAAUUUCCGGCGAUGAUAGCCCAAAAACUUUUAAUAAAUACGGAAAAGAAAAAUCUUGGACACCUCAACAAGAUUUAGGAAACGAUUCAAGCAUCGACGAUGAAACAACAUCAACACCAUCGUUUACUUUUCCCCAUAUCUUCAGCUUAUCACUACCGCGUGAGCGUGAUUUAAAUAAAUCAAUUUUAACCGGGUUACGCGUACCUGAUUUGUUUGAAACUUCGUUUCAAAACACCAAUUGGUUUUUAAGUAAAUCCGCCCCGAAUUCUUUAAACAACGGUUUUAACUCGUUAGAAGAUGAAUCGCGACGAAGAAAAGGGAGGAUUAUGUAUUUACCAAGUGGAAAUCCAACAAACGUUUCAAAUCCCAUCGAAAAAACUAACCAUAAAAAAUUUUCGUUUCAAAACACCAUCAGACAAAUCGAAAGAAGAAAAUUAGCGGAAAAACUCGGCCGCGAAGUUGAAAUUAGGGAACUGCAGCGACUUCAAGAAAUUGAAAUCAUGCGGAAAACCGAAGAAGAAUUUCGAAGGAAACGAUCGCAACAUAAAACGUGAAUGAAAUAAUUUUUUUUAAUUUUUGUGAAAUUUUGUAUCGAGUGUAAAUUUGGCUUUGGUAAAUAUAUCGUUUAUUGCUCAA